AUGGGUGUACGACCAGGGCGACUAGGACGACCAAGUUUUUGCGCAGGUGAUGCCGAACGACGAAGAAAGGUGAGUGGGGCAUGCGUGAGCGCGACGAUGAAAACUUCACAUGCAGAGACACGGAGGGCCCCUCGCAAGUUGGAAGGCGCCCAGACGCAGUAUACUGCGUAUGUGGCGAUACUCAUAGUCGUGGCCGAGAUCCCUCUCAAUAUGGCUAUCAUCGAGCUGCGAAAGUAUACAGAAAUCGAUUGGGUGGCCUAUAUGCAGGAGGUUGAAGGUGUAGAGAAUGGAGAGUACGACUAUUCGAAAUUGUACGGCAAUACCGGGCCUCUAGUGUAUCCCGCUGGGUUCGUGUACAUAUUUUACGCUCUAAGACACCUAACCAACCUGGGUGAAGAUAUACGUACAGCCCAGUACAUAUUCGCUGGACUGUAUGUAGUUUUACUAUCACUCGUGCUGGCCAUAUACAUCCGUACCAAACGUGUACCUCCUGGUGUGCUUGUGAUAAUGAGCUUCGCCUCCUACCGGAUACACUCAAUAUUCGUCCUGCGCCUGUUUAAUGACCCGGUUGCGAUGUUAUUUGCCUACGGUUCCUUCCUGUUGUUCUUGUACGACUACUGGGACUUGGGUUGCUUUGUUUACAGCCUGGCAGUGUCCAUUAAAAUGAAUGUGCUUCUAUUUGCUCCGGGCCUCCUCGUGUUACUAUGGCGACGUUUUGGCUUCCGAGACACCAUUCCGAAGCUUCUAGUCUUCUGUGCUCUGCCUCAGGUGAUUUUGGCGCUGCCUUUCCUGCUGACCUAUCCCAAGGAGUAUAUGCUAGGAGCCUUCAAUCUGGGUCGAGUCUUCGCCUACGAGUGGACAGUCAACUGGCGCUUUCUCGCCGAGGAGACCUUCCUGGACAAACGCUUGCAUCUCGUCCUAUUGGCUCUCCAUAUCUUAUCUUUAACGGUGCUACUGCUGGUGGUAUGGACCCGCCCCCACGGCGGUCUCUGGACUGUCUUGACCGCAACUCCCAGUCCUGCUAACCGACCAUCUUCCCAUGAAAUUCUCUUCCUUCUAUUCUCAAGUAACUACGCCGGCAUGUGCUUCAGCCGAUCGCUGCACUACCAGUUCUAUGUCUGGUACUAUCACACUAUACCCUACCUACUGUGGUCUUCGACUGUGCCGCUUCCUGUGCGGUUCCUGGUACUCAUCGGCUUUGAGUGGGCCUGGAACACCUAUCCAUCGACCUCAAUUAGUUCCGGGAUUCUUCUGUGCACGCAUUUGGUUCUGUUAGCGGGAUUAAUAACAGCGUCAAUUGUGCCGAAAGAUAGCUCAGAUUCAUCGCGGAAGGCCCUGGUCAAUAAAAAGGCACAAUAGAUAGCUUCCUACUGAUAAUACGGAGCAUGCUUUGGUGCCGUAUACAAAUAUAGUAAAAUUACGGUUUGUCAGGAUUUUUCUAAUCGUUUCAUCGCUACCGCCGCGUUGUCGGGUGUGCUCAUUUGGUCAUGAGCGGUAAUGUUCGAGCGUAAGCGCAAUGCGAGACGAACACGAAUUAAAGUCGCUCACUCG